GUCAAAUCGAACUGGGAACCAGCAUCAUGGAAGUUGAAGAAGAAAUCAUGGAAGUUGAAGAAGAAAGCGAUUUCUCGGAUAGGGAUUUGACAGGUGAAUCUGAAAGCGAUUUCUCGGAUAUGGAUUUGACAGCACACAAAACAAAAACACCGAAGAGGGGGUUGACCAGGUUACCAAAAAUGCGAACAGCAUUUACAAACUCGGGUGGAAAAAAACACAAAGUUACAUUUGAUGAAUUGGAGAAGUUUUCUGGGGAAUAUAGAUCAGAAUUUUCUAGUUUUUUGGGAGACCUAGUAAGAGAAUAUGUCGGAUUUAGGUUUUUAGCGUGGAAAACAGUGCCAACAGAAGUAAAGGAUAAAUUGUGGGAGGAAAUAACGCGUUUUUAUGACAUUGAUGCAUAUCGCAGGCGUUUUGUAAUGACUCGGCUUGGUGACCUGCUUCGAAAUUUUAGAAGAAAAGUGUAUGCGGGAUACAUAGUACCUAACUUAGGUAAACCAAAGAAACUUGCACGAAUUCCUAAGAGGUAUCGUUCAAUGGUGGAGCAAACAGACUGGGACAAGUUUGUAACAUAUACACAAUCAGACGAGUUUAAGGAUGUGUCAAAUAAGAGAAAAACAGCACGAUCAAAAUAUGUUUAUGAACAUCACUUGGGACGAGGAGGGUAUGCUUAUCUAAGAGACAAACUGGUACAAAAUAACGAACUUUCAGUUGAUGAGAUCCCCUCUCGUGCUUUAAUGUGGAGGAAAGCAAGGGAAAACAAAAACGGAGAAUACAAGAAUGUUGAUGUAAAAGACAUAGCUAAAAAAAUAAUUGACACUGAAACGCAAAUUAAAGAUGGAUCCGUGAACCUUGAUCCGGGCACGGAUGCACUCACAUUAGUAUUUGGCAAAGAAAAAGGUGGGUAUUUAAAAUGUGUUGGUUAUAGAGUGACUUCUAGUAGAUAUUGGCAGAGUCCUCGAACAAAAGGAUCAUCAAAAGAACGAAUUGCACAACUAGAGUUUCAACUACAUAACGAGAGACUUGAGCGUGGGAAAAAAGAUGAACAAAUUAAGACCCUUUCGAUGCAGAUGGCAGAAACAAAUAACACACUUAAUCAAGUUUUAGCUCAUCUGGCUGCACAAGGACAAACUGUACAAAUAUGUUCAUUAUCUGCAGACAAAAUGUCACAAACACAAGUAAAUUCUUUGGAUAAACAUGACGGAUCAAAGCAUAAGGCCAAUGCUACCGCAUCUAAAAUAGUGCAAAAAGAAAUGGCACCAACGGUAAAAUCUAUGAACAAUAGUACUGGAUCAAAGGACAAUACUAAUGUUACCACAUCUAACAUAUCAAGUAAAGUAGUGCAAACAGAAGUCACUUCUCAUGCUAACACUUCUAAAAUGGCGCAAAAAGAAAUGAUAACGGAAAAUGUGAAAACUAGAAAAAAAGAUGUUUUGUCUACGCAAGAGACUUCACUUCUUGGGACAUCAUCGCAGUUGGAAUCACAAGAAAAUAUACAUAAUACACAUUCAACAAAUGUCCUAGAGGUAUGUGUUACGAAAUACAUAUUUAUAUUGAUUUUAACCUUAAGAUGUUAAUAUAAAAUAUUUUUUUUUGUA